AUGAGUUUAAACGAAGAUGAACAAUCUCAUUCACUUUUUCAUCAAACUAGUCAUCCGAUAAAUGAACGUUCGAAAUUAAAUGAAGAGUAUUUAAAUAAAUAUGAAACAUGGAAAACACAACCAGGAAUGGCACAAAUUAAACUUGAGUUCAUUGAUUUUGAUCAUGAAAUUAGAUUUAAAAUUGAACAUUUAAGUGAAACAGAUAAGAAAUUAGUUACUGAUACAAACAAUGAAACAAAUCCUGCUGAAGAACCAAAGAAAAAGAAAUUUAAAGGUCAAAAUAAAAAACAUUUAGAAAUAAAUGCUCGAUCGGCUUCAAAUUAUAACGAUCAUCAAUUAUGUUAUUUUGUUAUACGAGGUGGUAUUGCUAAUUGUUCAUAUCAAUCAAACUGUAAACAUUCUCAUGAUUUAACUACGUAUCUAUCUCGACGACCUACAGAUAUUGAUUCAAAAUGUUAUAUGUUCGAUACGUAUGGACAAUGUCAAUUUGGUAUCCUAUGUCGUUUUGGUCAAGCUCAUAUUGAUCCGGUAACAGGUCAAAAUAUAAUUGUUUUACGUCCAAAUCAAAUUUAUAUUGAACCACUUAAUAAACUUCCUCCUCUAUUAAAACAUUUAUUACGACGAAAAAAAUAUGAUUAUACAUUAGCUGAUCGUUUAGUUAGAAUAGCAAAUAAACAAAUAACAAAAGUGAAUGUUGCUAAACGUAAUAAUCCAUCAACAACAGAUGAUGAUAAAGCUAAUGAGAAACAUCAUGAUGAUAAUGAUGUUGGAGAAAAAGAAGAUCGAUCACUUGUGGAUAUUUAUUAUUCAGCACUUAAAAAAACUGAUCCAAAUCCAAUAGAGGCAAAUGAAACUGAAAAUAUUAAAACAGAUGUUCCUGUAAUUGAUGGUGAUCAACAACAAGAACAAACAUCACGUCCAGUUCCAUUUCGAACACUCGGUGCGAUAACUGAUGUUGAUAUGAUUCGUUUGAAACCUCGUGAAAAAGUUCGAAUAGAUUUUAAUCGUCGUCUUUAUCUAGCACCAUUAACAACAGUUGGUAAUUUACCAUUUCGUCGUAUUUGUAAAGAAUAUGGUUGUGAAAUAACUUGUGGUGAAAUGUCAAUGACAACAUCUUUACUUCAAGGACAACAACAAGAAUUUGCAUUAUUACGUCGUCAUCCAUCUGAAACUAUAUUUGGUAUUCAACUUUGUGGUUCAUUUGUUGAUACAAUGACACGAACAGUUCAAAUGCUUGAAGAAAAUUUUGAUUAUGAUUUUAUCGAUAUUAAUUGUGCAUGUCCCAUUGAUCUUGUUUAUAAGAAAGGUGCUGGUUGUGCAAUAACACGUCGUACAAUUGAUUUUGAACGUAUAUGUCGAUCAAUAUCAUGUCUUUCAACACGUCCAAUAACAAUUAAAUUACGUACAGGUAUAUUUACAAAUGAAAAUAAUGCACAUGAAAUCAUAUCAUUAGCUAAAUCAUGGAAAUCCGAACAUGAUGAUAAUCAUGUUGUUGAUUUAUUUACUUUACAUGGUCGUUCAAAAGAAAUGCGUUAUUCAAAAAGUGCUGAUUGGAAUUAUGUUGAUCAAUGUGCAAAAUUAUCUGAUCCAAUACCAUUAUAUGGUGUUGGAGAUAUUUAUUCAUUUGAAGAUUAUUAUCAAAAAUUAAAUGAAACAAAUGUUAGUGGUUGUAUGAUCGCACGUGGUGCUUUAAUUAAACCAUGGUUAUUUACUGAAAUAAAAGAACAACGUGCAUGGGAUAUAUCAGCUAGUGAACGUUUUGAUAUGUUAAAACGUUAUGCAAAUUAUGGUUUAGAACAUUGGGGUUCGGAUCAUUCAGGUAUAGAAAGAACUCGACGAUUUCUACUUGAAUGGAUUUCAUUUCUUUAUCGUUAUAUACCUGUUGGUUUACUUGAACGACUUCCACAUAGAUUAAAUGAACGACCACCCUAUUUCUUUGGACGUAAUGAUCUCGAAACAUUGAUGGCAUCAAAACUUUGUUCGGAUUGGGUGAAACUAACGGAACUUUUAUUAGGAAAAGUUUCUUCUGACUUUCAAUUUUUACCUAAACAUAAAGCAAAUGCAUAUGGAUAA